AUUGACAAUAACCAAUUGAGUUUUUGAAGACAAAAAUUUAGCAUGUUUGUUUUAAUUUGAUCAUUAUUCAAUAGAGUUUUUUAUUUUUUAUCUGCCUUAUCUCAACAUAGUACAAAAUUUUGCCUUGAAACGAAAUUUUUUACACAUUUCUCUAAUAUACGUAAUAUAUUUCACUCAGGUUAUAAUUGCAUUUAUAGAUUUUAGAUGAUAUUAAGUAUCAUAGUAAUUAAUUUAUAAUAUAAAACAGCAAUGCGAUCUAAAGAAUCUUCAGCUAUUAAAUCUCACCUACAAACACCUAUGUCUGAAAGACAACAAUUGGCUCUCCUGAUGCAAAUGACUUCUGGGAAUGAAAGUAUACCUAAAAGCCCUGGUGGCACAAAUUACUCAUUUUCGAGGCAAAAAGAUCGAAAUGAAAGGGGAGAAACAUCAUUACAUUUGGCAGCCAUUAAGGGAGAUAUAGAACAAGUGAAUAAGUUACUGUCGAACAGAGCUGAUCCAAAUGUUACUGAUUUUGCUGGGUGGACACCUCUUCAUGAAGCUUGUAACUAUGGUUGGUAUGAAAUAGCAAUUAAACUAGUACAAGCAGGUGCAAAUGUUAAUGCUAAAGGCUUGGAUAACGAUACCCCAUUACAUGAUGCUGUGAUAAAUGGUCAUUUAAAUAUUAUGAAAUUACUAAUAGAACAUGGAGCAGAUAUCAAUUACAAAAAUACUAAAGGAAAGAGUCCAUUGGAUAUGGCAACACCAAUGAUCAAACCAUAUGUUCUGAAUCCCAGUUUGCCUAUACCAGAGUCAAUGGUACCUUCAAGAGUACCACCUCGAGGAAGAGAUGAUAAAAAAUUAACCGAUAAUAGUAAAACAAAGUCCAAUACCACAGAUGAAAACACCGAAUCUGGAAAAGCGGAAGACGCAUACGAAUUUAAAUCGACGAAAGAUCAGACAGAACAAAAAACGUUUUUGGAAAAUGAACCGACAGGGGAAACAUCUACUGCCAUUCCCACAUCGGAUGAAACUGUUAAAAGAGGGUUUCAGGAAAUGAAUGAGAAUGUCGAAGAAAAUACUGAGGAUGAAUCAAGGAAGAAGAAACGCAAAGAUGAAGGAACUAAAGAAAAGGGUGCUUUGCGUGGAACUUCCCAAAAUAAAGGGCAAGCAGGCAAACCAAAUUCGGAUAAGUCAAAUAAAAGUUCCAAUUUGAAUGUCAACAAAGCAGUUGCUUCAGAUAAGAAAAGUCCAUGCCCAAGCCCUAAAGUAUCGAGCGAUGUAGAAGAUGAUUCCAAAGUUGACUUGAAAGUACCACCACUGAAAAUUGUUAUACCCCAAACAAAUAGUAAUGAGCAAGAAGCAGGCGUUAAUAGGAGUAGCAAAAAUAAUUCACAAAGAACACAUCAAGCCCUUCCUUAUGUGGUUCCGAGUUCAAGCAGCAAUUUAUUAUUUAUUCGUGUCAGAAGCAUCAUAUAUAAUAAUCUGUUUAGCGCCUUCCAGAUCUCCCAGUUUUCACUGCCUCCCGGUGCCAGCAGCAAUGAUUCAAAUAAUGAUAAGGAUUUGAAUACUAGUUCUGGCCAAGAAGAAAACGCAAGUAAACCAGAUGAAAAAAAAGAGGGUGCAGCUUCUACUUCUGCAGAUGAUCAACGUGGCAGCGCUAACCAUCAAAGAGUGCUGCGAAGUUCCCACAAGGGUGGCGGUCAAUCUCAAAUUCCAGAUAGAAGUAGCAAUAACUCUUCUCCGCAACUGCAUCGAUCUCACUCGCCUUCUCCUUCUGCUUCUCCUUCAGCUCCGAAUACAUCUACUGACGCGCCAGUUACGACCAGUAGUGCAUUGGCCAAUACUAUAUCAAAAACUACAGAUUCCCAGUUGAACAAUGAGAAUGAAACUUCCUCUACAUCUUCAACGUCAACAAACGCCACAACAGCUACUCCAGCCCCAGUUGAAUUACAUCCCAGAAAAAGAAAGAUGAAACCUAGCAAAGAACCUGCAGCUCCUCCUGCGGACACAUCUGAUGUUUCUGCAGAAUCUCAAAUACAUCCCCAUGAGCAGCCAAUUACUAAUUGCUACCAAUUAUUUUUAGACAUUCGGAAACAGAUUGAAAAAAGGAGAAAGGGUUUAUUUCCUGUUCAACCAAAGCCGCCCCAAGGUUUCAAGGAUUAUCUGAUGAACAGAUGCACCUAUGUAUUGGCAAAUACAACAUCAACCUCACCUAAUGUUUCUUAUCCUCCAAAUUUGCCACCGCAAAUGAAAGAUAUUUUUACAGAUCAGGAGAAAGAAAGAUAUAGGCUAAGAAUGCAGCAUGUCAUCGAGAAAGAAAAACUGGUCCUUUCAGUAGAACAAGAAAUAUUGCGAGUGCAUGGCAGAGCAGCCAGAGCUUUAGCAAAUCAAUCUCUACCGUUUUCAGUAUGUUCCAUACUUAGGGAUGAAGAGGUAUACAAUUUGAUAACCCCAGAGCAAGAAGAGAAGGAUCGAAAUGCUAGAUCGAGAUAUAAUGGUCGUCUUUUUUUGAGUUGGCUUCAGGAUGUUGAUGAUAAAUGGGAAAAAAUCAAAGAACACAUGCUUCUGAGGCAUCAUAAUGAAGCUGAAUCUCUUCAUGCAGUUCAAAAAAUGGAUUGGGAAUGGAAGAUGAUAGAGUUGAAUCUUUGUGAUAGAAAAUCAACUCCAACAAUUGAAGAACAUCAUGUUCCAAUGGUUCAUGUUAGUGAUGAUUUUGACCUACUACCUGCUUAAUUAUUGCAAUGAUUCGCAAGUCUCUUGGAAUUACCGACUGUGAUAAGAUAUAUUGAAAUUAUAUUUUAAAUUGUAAGCAUCUAAGCCAAGCUUUGAACCUCUUUUGUUAGUUUGGUUUCAAUUGUAAUAAUUCUUUUUAUUUAGCAAACAAUCCUGUAUUGAUGAAAUAAAUACAAAUUUAAUGACUCA